CUCAUUUCUUCCCCCAUUUCCUCCCCACCACCGCCUGCCUGCGGAUACCGCUCAUCUGCUGGCAUCCACCGACUUCUCUUCUUUUCAACCUCGCCCAACGAGUUGCAACAUUCCAGCUGUGAUCUUUUGCUUUUGGAAAUCUAAUCUGCUUCCCGACUCGAAUCUAACUCGACCAUCAACAUCAUGGAUCGCAUCAAGGAGAAAAUGAACCAGCUCCGCCUGGAAGCCGAGGAGAACUCGGCGAAGGUCGAGGAGCUCCAGAACAAGGUCAAGGCGCUUGAGCAGGAAAACCUUCAGAAGGAGCAGGAGAUCAUCUCCCUUACGCACAAGAACAGUGUGCUGGAGGCCGAGGUAGAGAAAUACGAGACGCAAGUCAAGGAGCUCAAGGCUGCUGCCAGCGAAGGCCAGCAGCACGGAACCCAGAACGAAACGCUGACUCGAAGGCUCCAACUUCUCGAGGAAGAGGCCGAGGAAGCCGACAGGACUUUGCGCGAAGCCAACGAGAAGCUGCGGCAGACCGACGUCAAGGCCGGACACUUCGAGCGGAAAGUCCAGGCUCUCGAGCAGGAGCGCGAUCAGUGGGAGGCCAAGUACGAGGAGAUGGCCAAGAAGUAUGCCGCUGCGCAAAAGGAGCUCGAGGACUUCCAGAACGAGAUCAACACCAUCUAGCGGUUACGCGCGUUGGUCAGGCGGGUCAGGCAGCGGGUUUGGUAGCACUGAGUGGCGUGUCCUAGGUUCAGAAACUUUCUGUGCGGCAUAUCCCACCGAUGGAGGAGGCUUGGAGACGGACCGGUCGUUAGCACCGCUGAAAUACUUACAGUGUUGCGACACUCAAGUCACGCCUACACACCCUCAUAAACCCCGUUUUCGCACAGUGUAU